AUGACGUGUAUGAUGUGUCCAUUAGAGUUGUCAAAAUAAAUAAUUUUAGAACAUUUUGAAGCCUUUUACUUUACCUUUGAAUGUGAUGAAAUUCACAUUGGGGUAAGAGUAUUAGGGCUUUCAAUUUAACACAAAAUCUACGAUGGGUUUGUGCAAGUGCCCCAAACGACGUGUAACGAACCAAUUUUGUUUUGAACAUAGAGUUUGUGUUUGCGAAAACUGUAUGGUAACGAACCACCCCAUUUGUGUUGUCCAGUCCUACUUGCAGUGGUUACAAGACAGUGAUUAUAACUCUAUAUGCGAACUGUGCAGCAAAGAUUUGAAUAUUGAAGACAGCAUUCGAUUAACAUGUUACCAUGUUUUUCACUGGUCCUGCCUAGACCACUUCUCAAGACAGCUGCCGCCUACAACAGCUCCUAGGGGAUAUACUUGUCCUUCUUGUAAGAGUCCUUUCUUUCCUGCUCCCAAUUUGAUUAGUCCGGUUGCAGAUGUCCUCAAAGAAAAGCUUGCUGGAGUGAACUGGGCUAGAGCAGGACUUGGUUUACCACUUCUCUCUGAGGAAAGGGAGGUUAAAACUCAGGUUAAUAAUAACAUCGCACACCCUCCUAGAGUUAUGCCCAGUCCUUCACAUUCCGUAGUCAACGUUACUGAAGAUCAUGGCGCAUUUAACAGGACUGACAGCUAUCAAAACUCUUCGAAUCGAAGGAUUUUCCAAGAUAUUCGAGAUGUCAAAGGGGUGAUAUUUGAUCAUGAUGAAGAUAAAUACAAGAGAAAGUCUGUUUUCGAACUCAUAGGCAAUUGGUGGAG